AUGGAGUCUGUGGAUCUGGUUAUUGUCGGCGCAGGCUGGCACGGCCUCUCCGCGCUCAAAACCUACCGACAGGUCCACCCCACCGCCCGCAUAAUCUGCCUCGACAGCGCGUCCAGCGUCGGCGGCGUAUGGGCCACGCAGCGUCUCUACCCGGGGCUGAAAUCCAACAACAUGCUGGGCACGUACGAAUUCUCAGAUUUCCCCAUGGACGCGUCCUUCGGGGUCAAGCCGGGGGAGCAUAUCCCCGGGGAGGUGAUCCACGAGUAUCUGGCGCGGUUUGUGGAGCGGGUGGAGGCGGUCGAUGGGAAUGGGAAUGGGGGGUGGGUUGUUACGACUGCGCCUGCUCCAUCCACUACAUUCACUACAUCCACCAAAUGCACCGAAUACACCCUCCUCACCCCCUCCCGCAAACUGACCAUCCUCGGCGGCACCAAAUCCGCCUGGGACGCCGUGCACGCCGCCUGCAGCGCCUCCUGCACCGUCACCUGGAUCAUCCGGCGGCGGGGCCACGGGCCGGCGUGGAUGGCGCCCCCACACGUGACGCCGUUCAAGGCCUGGCUGGAGAAACUGGUCACCACGCGGCUGCUGACGUGGUUCAGUCCGUGUAUCUGGGGCGAGGCGGAUGGGUUUGGGGUCAUCCGGAGGUUCUUGCACGGCACGUGGCUGGGGAGGAAGGUUGUGGAUGGGUUCUGGGGGGUGUUGGAGCGGGAUGUGGUUGCGUUGAAUGGGUACGAGGAGGACGAGGAGGUGGGGAAGUUGAGGCCUUGGGGGGUGUUGGGGAUGGUGAGGAGUGGGCGGGUUAGGGUUAUCGUGGACGAUAUUAGGGUGGAGAGCGAGGGCAUCGUCUGUGCGACUGGGUGGGCAGCCACCCCGCGGGUGCAGUUCCGGCCAGCCGGGAUCGAGAGGGCCUUGGGCUUUCCGUGGGCGGAGGAUUUCCUGUCGCAGGGGACGGUGAGGCGCGCGGAUGCCGAGAUCCUGCGCCGGUUUCCCAAGCUGCGCGAGGCGCGCGCCGUGGUGGAGAAGCGACGGCUGGCCGGGUAUGUGCCCCUGGCCAGCGAUGCCGCGGCGUGCGCCCGCCAUCCGUAUCGGUUGGCCCGGUUCAUGGUUCCGGCGGGGUUCGUGGGCGAUCGCUCGGUCGUGGUGCUGGGGAAUGCCAUGACCAUUAAUACCGCCUUGGUGGCGCAGACGCAGGCGUUGUGGGCGGCCGCGUAUCUCGGGGGUGAUCAGGGGGUGGUGAGGAGGGUGGUGGAGAGGUGUCCCCUGGAUUUGGUGGAGGAGGUCCGCGGGAAGAGUAAUGGCGAUGGCGAUGGCCAUGUCGAUGCGCUGUGGGAGAUGGCGCUGCAUACCCAGUUUGGCGUCCACCGCUGUCCCGGCGGGUUCGGGAAGCGCAAUCCCGAUUUCGUGUUCGAUGCGCUGCCGUAUGUCGAUCUGCUGCUGCGGGAUCUGGGGCUGGAUGUCAAGAGGAAGACCGGGUGGUGCUGGAUGAAGUCGUAUGGGAUGGAGGAUUAUCGCGGGUUGGUGGAGGAGUGGUUGGGGAGGGAAUGA